ACGUUUUAAAAAUAAAUUUGUCGUUCACAAAACUAGCCGUUUUUUUCAUGAACGUCAAAUAGAGAUGGAUUUCGAGUUAACUAAAGAAAAUAUUCAGCCGCUUAGAGGUGGAAGAAAUCCAGUACAAUUAGGAUUAGCUUUACAGGCAGAAACAAAUCCAGAAAUCAAAAGAGAACUGCAACAUCAAAGAGAAGAGAUAGAGAAUGCUAUAAAAAAUUACCAAGGAGAUGAUCCUCUUGAACUUUGGUAUAAUUUUAUUUCUUGGGUUGAACAGUCUUAUCCUAAAAAUGGACAUGAGGGAAAUUUAGUUCAGCUGCUUGAACACUGCCUUAGCUUAUUUGAAAAUGAUAAACGAUACACACAUGACAGAAGAUUCUGUAGAUUAUGGAUAAAAUAUGUGGAUUAUCAACAAAAUCCUUUGGAAUUAUAUCAAAUGAUGCAUGCUAGAGGCCUUUCAGUAGGUUGUGCAGAUCUGUAUAAAGCUUGGGCUUAUUAUCAUGAAGCAGCAGGGGAUUAUAAAAGCGCAAAUGCUAUUUUUGAAUUAGGAAAACAAGCCCUAGCUCAACCUUAUGAGGAAUUAGAAAUGGCUCAUCAGAAUUUAGUUAUGGCAGCAGGAAAACAUUUAUUAUUUGGACCAAGCGAAGAUCAUCUUAUUGAAAGAAGACAAGCUCUCACUUCUCUACGUACUUAUAAAGGUGGUAAAGCUGUAGGUAGUGUUAGAAUUCCAACUGGUCAAGGGCCUGGAAUAUAUCCUACAACUUCUAAUGAAAAUAUUAGGCCGAAUGCUGUUGUAAACAUAUAUCAAGAUGAAGGAGAUGAAAUCCGAGGAGCUGCAGCACCUCCUGUCAGUAUACUGACAGUGGUAAAAAGGCAAGAAGCUCCUAAGGAAAAUUUACUGAAGCCAGGUCCAUGGUCACUAUAUCCAUCAAAAAAAAGUUCAACCGUUGUUCCUAGGAAACCACCUUUUACUGUUCAUAUAGAUGAUGAGGAUGAUGUUAUUCCUGUGAGUGUUUCUUCCACCAUUGACAUAAAUAAACCUCUUCCUAAUUUUCCUCCGAGAACCAAAGAAACUUAUGUUGGCUGGGUGGUAAACAUGACAAUACCUGAACCAGUUGACAAUCGUUUACUGCCUAUGUAUCCUAAAUCGAGAGUCUAUGCAGAUCCUACUACGGAAUACAGCUUGGAAGAACUUGCAGCAUUGAGAUAUCAAAAAAUAGUGGAACAACAAAAUCACAUGAUUUCAAUGUCAGAAGAAAAGAAAAAUAUAAGUAAUUUUUCGUUUGGAACUUCAUUCAACACUUCUAACUCGAGAGAGAUACACACUUCUGAACAUAAAUCUCAGUUGUCUUUCCAAAAUGGAAAAUCUCCGGUUGUUCCUAUGCAAACAGGUGAAGUGAUAGAUGUAGAUAAUUAUUCUCAUCCAAGCGUAACUGGUUUGAAUUCUGCAUCUAAUUCACUGGGCUUUGAAAGUGUUAAUGCAAGUAAUAGCAGUAUCAGACAACAGGCUCCACAGAGGAGUUUUUUGAAACCUGCUACACCAAUUGGUAAUUUUGGCAGAGGACCUAUGUUGGAUGACCAAUCCUCUUUAGGAAUGGAGUCAAAGUUUUUUCAAGAAAUGAUUAACGAUUCUGAAGUCCCACCCCUUAUUACACCAACUGCUCCAAGUUGUAACUUCGUAAUCUGGACGUCACCCUCAACUGAAAAUGUGGAUCCUAAAACUAGUGCUAUGAAAUUUUAUGAUCAAGAACAACCAAGAGGCAGUGCUAUGAAGACUCCCUUUAAGGUUCUGAGCACAGACGAUUUAGCUGAAACAGGGUCAAGAGGCAGUACUGAAACUGGUAAUGCAGCUCAACCAAUGGAUAGCGCCAAUAUCAAACAAAUUUUCGACGAGGAUAGUAAUUCAUCAUUUGAAGAAAUCAAGGCAAACAUAGUUUAUUCUGAUUUGAACAAUAGCUGUAAUACUCAGAUGUUUAAUUUUAAUUUGAACGCAAUGAAGGUUAGCACCCCACAAGCUAAGCAGCAUGUCACACAAAAUUGUUUUGAACAAGUGAAAGCUACAAAGAAACAAUUAUUUGAAGAAGAAGUUGAAACAAAGAAGAAUGAUGAGGCUCUUUCAAUAAUAUAUGAAGAGAGUAAAAGUUAUGCAUCUAGUUCAAGUUCAAGUGCAGCUACCACUAAAUCUUCAGUACUUUUGGGAACUACAAAAUUGCCAGCAAUGACCACAAUUUCUGAAGAACAUAAUAGUUAUUUGGCUCAAAAUCUUAUGGCCAAUGAAGCUUUGCGAAAAAGCCUUUUGGGUGAUUUGUUGCCUUCUCAAGAAACAUCAGCAGUUACCAGAAUGGAAGAUGAACCAAUGUCAUGUUCUAGUCCACCAUUAACAGAAAUGCCAAAAACGAGAUUGGAUCUUGCCCCUUCUGAUCCUUUUAAAUCUUCAGAAAUUGAGAAAUUAUUAAAUUUAGUGUCAUUUCCAGGACCCCAUGUCCCUGGAUUCCAUACGGUGCAGUUAAUACCUAGAAUUUCAGGCAAGAAAGAGAGUAUACAUGUAGGUGGUCAUCAGUAUGCUGUGGAAAAAGUUUUGGGAAAAGGCACUUUUGGUACUGUUUAUAAGGCUUGGGAUCCCAAACAUAGCAAAAUUGUAGCUCUAAAAUAUCAGAAACCAGCUAACAAAUGGGAAUUCUACAUCUGCAGAGAGAUUCAAAUAAGACUAAGAAAUAAUCCACUUAGGGAACGAUUCAUGGAUGUUACAUCUGGAUAUUUCAGUGAUCAGGCAUCAAUUCUUGUAUAUGCCUUCAUGCCACAUGGUUCACUUCUAGAUCUAGCAAAUCAAGUUAAAUUAAAGACAGGGAAACCCAUGCAGGAAUGCCUCUGUUUUUACUUCUGCAUUCAGAUGCUUAGAAUUGUGGAAGCAAUGCACCAGAUCAAAAUAAUACAUGCAGACAUAAAACCUGACAAUUUUUUGAUUCAGUUGACACCAGAUAACAGUAUAGAAUUACAACUAAUAGAUUUUGGUUGUAGUAUUGAUAUGUCUCUUUAUCCACCAAAUACAAGCUUCACAAGAAAAGUACAGACAGAAAGUUUCAUAUGCUGUGAAAUGUUGGAGAAUAAAUCGUGGAAUUAUCACACAGACUUAUUCUGCAUAGCAGCAACAACUCACGUUAUACUAUUUGAUAAAUAUAUUGAGCUUCAGAAAAAAUAUGAUGCAUGGUGCAUAAAAGAAAAACUCCCAAGAUAUAUGAAAUCUGAUUUAUGGAACAAAUUUUUCGAUACACUCUUGAAUCACCAAAACGAAGCUGGUCACCUCCAGGUCGCUUUAGAUGAAGCUUUAAGUACUCAGUUUGAUAAGUACACCAGUGGUAUGAAGACGUUGGUAAACCUGAUAAAGAAUCGAUAGCAUAGAGGGAAAAAAAGGAAACGUUAAAGUUAGAUGAAAAAUGUUAGUAGUACUUUAUGAAGGAUUGUUAAAUUUGUUGGGAAAGAGGACCGAAUUGUUGCUUGAUAUAUUUUUUUGAAUCCUAAUGAAAAAUCAAUUUAUCUCAGAAUAAACUUGGAUUGUACAUUGGAGAGGUUAUUGUAUCAUUGAAAAAUCUUUAAAAAACAAGAAACAGUAUUGCCUCAAUUUCCUCAGGUAAACGAUAAACAUGGAAUCUUUUCUCAACAUAUUUAGUAUCCUUUUGAUGUAUAGCUUCAAUAUGCAAGAAUCUCAACGUAAUCAUAAAACGUUUCCUUUUUUCAUCUAUAUUACUCUGUCAUUAAACUAUCAAACUGAAUGUUUCGAAGUUUCUUUGUUCAGUGACUCUUAUAGGAUGUUUAUAUAAGUUAAAACAUAGUAUUAUGUAAUUUAAAGGUUAUUAAAAAACUUUCAUUUAA